AUGGCCGGAACCCCCAUCAGCACACACUCUGACUUGGAGUCCGUGUACGGCGAAGGUGCCGCUGCGGUCCGUGAUCGCUACGUCGCGCUCUCGAAGGCGCACCACGCACGUUUCGGGACCAAGCCUGAGAUCUUCGCACGGGCGCCCGGCCGAGUGAAUCUCAUCGGCGAGCACAUCGACUACGAGGGCUACGGCGUGCUCCCCAUGGCGAUCCACCUGGAUACCAUUGUGGGCGUGUCCCGUGGCGGGGCGGACCUCACCAUCACAAACGUGGAGGCCCACAAGUACGGGGACCUGACCUUCAGCGCCGACCCCGACCAGACCGUGGACGUGGGCAAGCACAACUGGGGCAACUACUUCCUCGCCGCCUACAAGGGCGUCUUCGAGACGGCGGCUGCCAAGGGCCUGCCCCGCCCCGACAUCUCCGGCCUGAAUGUGACCAUUCAGGGCACCGUCCCCACAGGCAGCGGGCUGUCCAGCUCAGCGGCCAUCGUGUGUGCUGCCUCGGUGGCGCUGAUGCACGUCUAUGGCUUCGACUUCACCAAGGAGGCAAGCCUGGGCGAGGUGUCGGAGUUCACGGCGCGCGCGGAGCGCUACGUCGGCGUCACCUCCGGCGGCAUGGACCAGGCCAUCUCCAUGCUGGGCGCGCGCGGCAUCGCUAAGCUCGUGGAGUUUGACCCCGUGCGCGCGCAUGACGUGCCCCUGCCCGCCGGUGCGACCUUUGUCAUCUGCAACUCCCUGGCCGUCAGCAACAAGGCCGAGUCGGCGACGGGGCGGUACAAUCUGCGCGUGGUGGAGUGCCGCCUGGCGGCCGCCGUGCUGGCGGCGCUGCUGGGCGAGCGGCGCGAGGCCGCGCGCGCCGUGCGCACUCUCAAGCAGCUGGAGCCAGUGGUGGCGGCGCGGUACUCUGGGCCCAAGGGCUCCACCGCCGGGGCGCCCCUGGCCGCCGUGCACGAGCUGCUGCACCCCGGCACGUACAGCGCGGCGGAGGUGGAGGAGAUCCUGGACGCGCCGCUGGCCUCCCUGUUCGAGGGCGACGCCUCCGCGGCCCUAGUCCUGGCCGCCUUCCGGGACUUCAAGCUGCACGACCGCGCCGCGCACGUGUACAGCGAGGCGGCUCGCGUUCCCGCUUUCCGCGACGUCUGCCUGGGCCAUGGCAGCGCCGACGAGAAGAUCGCGGCCCUGGGCAAGCUCAUGGACGACAGCCAGGCCAGCUGCAGGGAUCUGUACGAGUGCUCAUGCAAGGAGCUGGACCAGGUGGUGGCGCUGGCCAAGGCCAACGGCGCCAUAGGCUCGCGCCUGACGGGGGCCGGGUGGGGCGGGUGCACUGUGUCCCUGGUGAAGGACGAGGAUGUGGAUGCCUUCCUGAGGGUGCUGACGGAGGAGUACGUGCGCCCGCUGAUCGCCGAGGGCCGCCUGACCGAGGAGACCCUGUCGGACAACAUCUUCGCCUCCAAGCCGUCCAGCGGCGCGGCCCUGCUCAAGCUGGACCUGUGA